AUGGGGAACCGUCGGUUCGUGCCUUCCAGCGACGAUGAGGAUAACUCGCCGCCCGCUCGCAACUCAAACGGCGAUGUGAACAGAAGCCAAAGGAAGCGUAAGAAGGUGCAUCUCCCCGACGAGGAGGAGGAGGACGAUGAUAGGGAUAUCGGCGAAGUAAAAUUGAGUGAGCAGACGGAGAAGAAGAAGAAGAAGAGGGACGAGCCCGAGCCCGAUCCCGAGCCCGGAAGUGAAAAUGAGGAGCCGGAGGAUUUGGAAGCGCUGCCGGUGGGUGGCGUGGUUAGGGUUUCGGGCAAGGGGAGAGGGAGGCGGAGUCAUUACGCGUCCUUUGAGUACGAUGGUCUUCAAUAUGACUUGGAGGAUCCAGUGCUUUUAGUUCCUGAGAAUGGGAAUCAGAAGCCAUAUAUAGCCAUAGUUAAGGAUAUUGCCAAAACACGAGAAGGUGCUCUUAUGGUUACGGGACAGUGGUUCUAUCGUCCUGAAGAAGCAGAGAAGAAAGGAGGUGGAAAUUGGCAAUCGAGUGACACAAGGGAACUGUUCUAUAGUUUCCACAGAGAUGAGGUACCGGCAGAAUCAGUCAUGCACAAGUGUGUGAUACACUUCAUACCUCAAGAUAAGCAGAUUCCACACCGCAAGCAACAUCCUGGGUUCAUCGUGCAAAAAGUGUAUGACACUGACGAGAGGAGGCUCUUCAAGUUAACUGACAAAGAUUAUGAGGACAAUAAACAGCAUGAGAUUGACCUUCUUGUGCAGAAAACUGUGGCACGAAUUGGGGACCUUCCCGACCUUGAGCCUGAGGGUGCUACUGUGGAGCAUGAAGAUGAACUAAAAAGUAAACGACUUAUAAGGAAGAGGAAGGUGUCGCCUCUGGAUGUUACCAGGGUGGAUGGAGAACUUAGUAUACCCCAGUCGCUUAAAGCACAAACACCUGGGAGCGCUUGUGAGACCAGUUCGGAAUACUCUUUGAUCCUGUCUAAUCUUAAGCUGCUGACUGGGGAAACACAGCGCGACAAGCGGUUGGAGAAGCUUUUUGAAUCCAUUCAAUGUGUUUGCACUGCUGAUGGUAAGCAGAAAGAUGAGAGACAGCAGAAUGGAAACAAGAUCAGCAGUUCAGACGAUAAGUCUCAUGAUAAGGCCGAUACAUCAGCUGACUGGCCGAAUACAGCUGCUCAUGCUGUGGCUGCUCUUGAGAAAGCAGCUCAUGAGGCCUUUUCUGCUGAUUUUCAGAAGUAUAAUCAAAAGAUGCGGCAAUUAGCGUUCAACCUUAAGAGCAAUGGUGUAUUAGCAAGGCGCCUUCUGAAUAAGGAGUUGGAACCUGCUCAAAUACUUAAUAUGUCGCCUAAUGAAUUGAAGGAGGGUUUAACUGCUGAGGAAAUUGUGAGCAGGCAGCCCGAGGAGCCUGGACACAUUCAGAUGACUGAUGCUCGUUGUUCGAGAUGCUCGCUAAAACAAGUGGCUCUGGUUGAGGUAUUUCAGACGGGACAUGGUGACCGCUAUAAGCUGGAAUGUGUUCCUUGUGGCUAUUCCUGGUUUGCUUCCGGAUAUGAUGCCGCCACAUUGACAAUAGAAGCGCCGAGUUCUGCAAAGGCGGUGGGGACCGCACCUUUGGCCACGGCUAAGUUCGAAAAUGUCGAGAAAAACUUGGUCAGUCCACGUGGAGGUGAGAGUGAGAGAGAAACAAAACAGCCAUUGGAUUAA